AAUUUGUUGGCUGAAUCGGAUAUGUGUAAUCUUUUUGGUGGAUCCAAAUGAUCACAAUCCUUGAAACUUAUUGAGAUUUAUGAUAAGCUAUUUGCUUUUUGAGACCAACAAAAAGCAAAGAUCGGAGGCAUUUAUGAAGGUGUGAAGCGAUGGACCCAUCCAGCUAAGACUUUCCUGCACUCUCUGCCAUCAUAUACCUUCUGCUGCUGCUGCUGCGGCUACUCUUACAUCCCUCGUCUCAGUUUACGUGCUCCCCCUUUUAACUCCCCAGCAGCGAUUCUUGUGAAGAGAGCACGGUGAGCGGCAGCACCAACGACCGGGAGGAGGACUUGCAAGUACGUUUCGGCUAAAAGGCUGCCACCAGCACUCGAUCCCUCCUCGUUGCUCGAGCUCCGAGCAGCGUAUGUUUACUGCGGCUUCGGCCCUGUCUUCGGCGCGGAUGAGCGCUUCGCAGUCUCUCACACGGAGAAAGAUGUAGAGGAGGUGCAAUAAAGGAAGGCAGGUCGGAUCAGUGCUGAGAACGAGAAGCGCAGAGGAAAGGAAGAUCUUACGUCGUGUACCGUGAUUCGUCCAGCUUCGUCGCCGCUGCUGUCGGGAGGAAGAGGAGGCGGGCCGGGAAAGGGAAUCUCGGGGCGACGCUCGGAGACCGAGGAGAAGAUGGUGCCGCAGAAGCAAGCGGAGGAAGCUGCCAUCGUGGCCAGCGGCAUUACUACCCUCAACAAUGAGACGGAGCACGGAGAUGGCGACGGCGGGGGGGGCGGCAAGGAAGAGGACGGAGAGGAGUCCAUACUCAGCAUGAAGAACCUCCUCUGGCACGGCGGCUCCGCCUGGGACGCCUGGUUCAGCUGCGCCUCCAAUCAAGUGGCGCAGGUGCUGUUGACGCUGCCGUACUCGUUCUCACAGUUGGGGAUGCUGUCGGGGCUGAUCCUGCAGCUGUUCUACGGCUUCCUCGGCAGCUGGACGGCGUACCUCAUCAGCGUACUCUACGUCGAGUACCGCACCCGAAAGGAGAAGGAGAAGGUCAGCUUCAAGAAUCACGUUAUCCAGUGGUUCGAGGUGUUGGAUGGGCUGCUGGGGCCGUACUGGAAAGCCGCCGGCCUCGCCUUCAACUGCACCUUCCUCCUCUUCGGCUCCGUCAUCCAGCUCAUCGCCUGUGCCAGCAACAUAUACUACAUCAACGACCGGCUGGAUAAGAGGACAUGGACAUACAUAUUUGGCGCCUGCUGCUCGACGACAGUGUUCAUACCCUCCUUCCAUAACUACAGGAUAUGGUCCUUUCUCGGCCUCGGCAUGACCACCUACACCGCCUGGUACCUCACCAUCGCCGCCGUCGUCCAUGGCCAGGCGGAAGAGGUAACCCACUCGGGUCCAACGAAGCUGGUGUUGUACUUCACGGGCGCCACCAACAUACUCUACACGUUCGGUGGCCACGCCGUCACCGUGGAGAUCAUGCAUGCCAUGUGGAAGCCGCAGAAGUUCAAGAACAUCUACCUGCUGGCUACGGUGUACGUGUUCGCGCUGACGCUGCCGUCGGCGGCCGCCAUGUACUGGGCCUUCGGGGAUCAGCUCCUCACCCACUCCAACGCCUUCUCGCUGCUGCCCAAGACGGGGUGGAGGGACGCGGCGGUGAUCCUCAUGUUGAUCCACCAGUUCAUCACCUUCGGCUUCGCCUGCACCCCGCUCUACUUCGUGUGGGAGAAGGUGAUCGGGAUGCAUGACACCAAAAGCAUCUGCCUCCGCGCCCUCGUUCGUCUCCCGGUGGUCGUCCCCAUCUGGUUCCUGGCCAUCAUCUUCCCCUUCUUCGGCCCCAUCAACUCCGCGGUCGGGGCGCUCCUCGUCAGCUUCACCGUCUACAUCAUCCCCGCCAUGGCUCACAUGCUCACCUACCGAACGCCAUCCGCGCGGCAGAAUGCUGCAGAGAAGCCUCCCUUCUUCCUGCCCAGCUGGACGGCGAUGUACGCGGUGAACGCCUUCGUGGUGGGGUGGGUGCUGGUGGUCGGCUUCGGGCUCGGCGGAUGGGCGAGCAUGACCAACUUCGUGAGGCAGGUGGACACCUUCGGCCUCUUCGCCAAGUGCUACCAGUGCCCCAAGCCGCUGCCACCGUCCGCCCCUGCUCCUCAAACGCUGCAGCAGCAGCAGCAGCAGCAUCAUCACUGAUCCAGCUGCUGCCCUCCCUACCACGUCCUUCAUACAUCAAAUUUCCUACUCAAAUGUUCGGGCUUGUGAUGUCUCUCUAUUCACCUGUAAUGUACUAAGGGGAGAAAAAGAAAGGAAUGCUCUCCAUUUGUUUUGAAUGCUUUGCUGUGGGUUUCUGCCCUAGAAUCCUAUAUAUCCUUUUCAA